AUGUUCGCCGGUAGUAGCACCUCGGCGAAUACGAUCGUCUUCCCGAUCUGGGUGUUCGUUCACAACCAGGAUGUUUACAAGAGAAUCAAGGCGGAGCUGCGACAACUGAUCCCGAAUUCACAGGGUGUACUCGAUAGAACGGCCGCGAAUAAGUUUCCGUAUACGAACGGCGUUAUCAUGGAGGAGAUCCCGAGCAGUCAGCCCCGUAUUGCAGUUGACGACUUUGUGACGAUCGUUCGUGUCCAGAACUAUUCAAUCCACCAGAACCCCAACAUGUUCCCCAACCCGGACGCCUUCAUCCCGGAGAAACGGCUCGGUGAGUACUCGCUCAGACAACGAGCGGUGUUCAACGGCUUUGGAAUGGGCUCUCGAGCCUGCAUUGGGAGCAAGUAG